GUGCAGUGUUCUCUAGCCUGUCAGCAGCUCGUCAUCGCUCGUGUACUGUCUGUGCGUGCACGGCCGCAGGCGCGCCAUUGAGGGGCCGGGCAGGAAAAUCUCAGAAGACCAAUUUCAACACACACAAUAAAGAAAAGGGGCAGCUGACGUGUCGCGCCAUAACGUGACGUAUACGGCCCGGAGGCGUCACGAUUGACGUUUAUUGCAUUCCAGCCGCACUUAUGGAGAUACCGGCGUUCCUCCUAUAGGCGAGCAGCUUUUGCAAACCCCCGCCCCCUUCUUAAACAUAAAUGACGUUCACAAAGUGAGGAAUUGUACUGAUAUCUGCCUGCACAUAAACAAAGGCACAUUGCAAUCCGAGGAGCGUUCACAACACAGACAAGGAACAGAAGAAAGAGUUUCAGACACUUUUCGCCACUGAUGAACUCGUGUGAAGAAAAUUCCGGAUCGCAAUAGAACUAAUCCGUUAAUUGGCAGUAAUAUUUUAAGGACAACUGUCUCUGUGAAUUAUCCAUGACUGGGACUGGACACCUACUCGUAACUUGGAAGGCAGUUUGAUUACAUGUAAAGACGGAACCGUCACAGCAAUCAAAUCUUGGUUCGGAAGAGCUUCCCCUACCGAGCCCGAAUACCGAGUCAGGGCAGCGAGGUGCCGAGAGCAGCCAACCCAUUGACAACGCAUUGACAACGGCCGAGCCUCUGGCAGCCUACCGAGCCAACAUUCAGCGAGCCAAAUAUCUCCCUUCCUCAGCACACACAGGUACACACUGGAGGCUACCUGGGGAAUACACACAGAAGAUGUUCCUUGUGCCGCCUUCUGGCGACAAGGUGGUGGGGGAGGGGCGCAAGGUUGGAACAGAUAUGCCCUGUGUGCAAACUCAAUACAGCUCGUCGCCACAAGGUGCCAGUUUUGCGGCUCAGAGUUACGUUUAUGGUGGAGAUUACAGCUCUGACUUCGUACAUACUGAACCCCCCUACAUGAAGUUUGGCGUGGACAUGGGCAGCACUGAGAUUACAGCCACUACAUCCCUGCCCAGUUUCAGUACCUUCAUGGAGACGGGUUACUCCGGCAGCUACGAGUUUAAACCGUCCUGUGUGUAUCAAAUGCAUUCUUCUUCUCAGAGACCCCUCAUUAAACUGGAAGACCCCUCCCAUCACAGCUACCAGCCUUCCAUCCAGCACCAAGCAGAGGACAUCAUGCCAUCCACCUCCAUUUACUUCAAGCAGUCUCCCCCUUCGACUCCUACAACACCACAGUUCACAACUCCGCAGGCAUCUAUUUGGGAUGAACCCCACACUUUGCCUCCAGUGACCCAGACUUGUAUGGCCUCCGGCCAUAUCUUGGAUGCUUCCCUGAAGACCACGGCACCGAGAUUCCCAGUAUUUGCCUUCAAACAAUCUCCGCCUCACACUCCAGCCUCCAGCAGCCAUGUGUGUUACGAACCCACGCUGAACAUGCCAAUGGGAGCUGAUAGUACAUCCACACAGUCUGUAAUGGACACGCAUCAAUAUUCACUGCACUUGGUUAAGGGGUCUGGCUUGGGCUUUCACCCAUUGCCUGUUGGGCAGAGUACCCAGAGCCUCCCUUCUCCCCCGAACAGAGGCUCCUCGUCCGCAGAGGGGAUGUGUGCUGUUUGUGGAGACAAUGCAGCCUGUCAGCAUUAUGGAGUCAGGACCUGCGAGGGAUGCAAGGGAUUUUUUAAGAGGACAGUGCAAAAAAAUGCAAAAUACGUUUGCCUGGCAAACAAAAAUUGUCCCGUGGACAAGAGGCGGCGUAAUCGAUGCCAGUACUGCAGGUUCCAGAAAUGCCUCAGUGUGGGGAUGGUUAAGGAAGUGGUCCGUACUGACAGUUUAAAGGGGAGAAGGGGUCGUCUGCCCUCCAAACCAAAGAGCCCUCUCCAGGAACCAUCACCACCAUCACCCCCAAUCAGUUUCAUGAACGCUCUUGUUCGGGCACUUGUAGACACCACUCCCAGCAGUCACAAUUACUCUCAGUUCUGUGCUACUGAACAGCCAACAGCUGGAAACGACGCUGAGUAUGUGCAUCAGUUCUAUGGGCUCCUUGCUAGCUCUAUGGAGGUCACUCAGAACUGGGCUGAAAAAAUACUAGGAUUCAGCGAUCUUCCUAAAGAAGAUAAGGCUCUACUCAUUGAAUCUUCUUUCCUCGAACUCUUUGUAUUGAGACUUUCUCACAGAUCUGCUCCAGCAGAGGAUAAGUUUGUGUUCUGUAAUGGACUUGUUUUGCAUCGACUUCAGUGCCUUCGUGGAUUUGGUGAAUGGCUUGACACAAUCAAGGAAUUCUCUACAAAUUUACAAAGCCUUAAUUUUGAUGUUUCAACUUUUGCAUGUCUAGCGGCUCUCGUUAUGAUCACAGAUCGCCAUGGGUUAAAGGAACCAAAGAAAGUGGAAGAAUUGCAAUCCCGGAUCAUCAGUUGCUUGAAGGAACACGUAUCUUUCAACAGUCCUGGAGAAAGCAAAGGGCAGCCGUUAUCCAAGGUAGUGGCGAUCAUCCCUCAGCUGCGUUCUCUCUGUACGCAGGGGCUCCAACGCAUUUUCUACCUAAAACUCGAGGACCUGGUGCCACCCCCAGCCAUCAUCGACAAACUGUUUCUGGAUACACUGCCUUUUUGAGAUGUUUUACCUCUUUUUUCUUUUUCUUGACAAUAACACACUUCUGUAACCAAGUGGAUUGUGUUUAGGGGAGAAUAAAACAACUGGUGCUCUGCCGUCUGUACCCUACAAAGCAGCUCUUAACAUCCAUAUCCAAGGAUAUUUCCUGGUUCUUUAUUCUGAAGGAUCCUAUACAUUAAAACUCCUUGCUGCUUUUGGGAAUGCUAAGGUGGCACCUUGAGAACGAAGCCUGAUAGAAGUGAUUAUCUGACUCCUUUUCGGUCUGUAAUUUGUCAACCCAAAAUUCUUGGGUGACUACUAUAACUUUUUUUUUAAAUGUUAACAACAAAGUUGUUACAAAGAUAGUAUGCUUUUUAUUGUGAUUGAUGCCUUUAGUAUAGCUCCUGAUGUGUCAUAUGUACAGCAAGUGGUGGUGCAAGGAGUCACCGCUGAUGAAAAGCUCUGUUUUUAGAAUGCAGUGAUGAAAGGCUGUUGGCUCACAUGUCCAAGUGCAAUUUAUUUGAAAGUGCUACAACUUCAAGAAGUUUAUUUUGUUGGUUUUGUUUUUUUUUUCCGAACUCUAAUUUAUUGUAAUACUAAAAGAAUUUGAUGAAAUAUAAGAUAUUGCUGGCACUAACUUUACUGACAAAGUUACCUGAACUUGAAUUAUAGUGAUAUAUGUACUGAUGAAAGUACAGUUGAUGCAGGGACACUUUGUGAACCAGAAGAGCACCUACAGAUUGCAUAGGAAGAAGAAUAUAUAGGGAGUCAAGGGGUUGUGUGGGGGUGGGGGGGCUUCGAGAAACACAUUUAAUUUUUACAAUCUUUUGUGAAGUGUUUUAAGGAUGAUCAUGUACAGUUUGGACAGAAAGAUCUCAAGGUACAAGAAGAAUCAAAUAUUCUGUCAGAUUUAGUUGUUCCACCAGCCGACUUUACAAAUCCAGCAGUUUCUACUGAAUACUGUAGUUGUAAGAAUGUAGGUGCUAGUAGGAUGCAGAUCAACUGCAUUAAACAUUCCGUGUUCGUAAAAGUUUUUUGUAUGAUGUUUAUACUGUUGAUGCCAUAUACUAAUACAAAAUACUUUUGUUGCAUAACGUCUUUUCUAUAAAGAUUAUAUGCAUGUUAUUGUAAUGGCUUUGCCUGUAUUUAUUGCAACAAUUGCUGGUUGCUUAGAGUAACUCUGCAGGCUGAAUUCAGGAACCUUAGCUGUUAAAGGGGCAGUGCCUUGUGUUUGAGUGAAUUCACAAACCAUCUCUGUGCUCCCUCAGCAUCCAAUAGUGUUCUGUUGUGUUAGCCUGUGUGUUUUCAAAUGUUGAGUACAUUGUACAUAGAUAUGUAAAUUAAAAUAUUAAAUUGAAUAACAUUUUAUCAUAAGAUACUUGACUUUGGAGAAUUUUCUGAAAUUCAUCUUUUGGCCACAGUUUAUAUUAGAUCAGAUCUAAUUGUG